AUGUUUGUUCUACCAAGAUUUAUUGGAGCCGCUUCCAGACAGUGUCUAUCAUCGACAUUAACGAGAAGAGGACGACCAAGACUUGUCGUGUCAACGAGGACAACAACAAUCCCAAAAGCUUCCUUUCUGUCUACUAGUAGUUCUACAAGAGCCAAUAUCCAACCUCCUCAUUCCAAUAAUUCCAUUCCACCCUACAUGAUCGCAAUGAUAUCGCUUCCUCUUGUUGGCGCAGGUUAUUUAUAUGUGCGAUAUCAAGAUGAGGUCCCAUUGACCAAACGGCAACGGUGGAUUGCAACUUCCACUAAAUGGGAAACACAAAUGGGGGAUCAAGAAUUUGCCAAGCUAAAGCGGCAAUACAAGUCUGAGAUAUUGCCCAAAGAUCAUCGGGCCUCGGUCACUGUGCAACGAGUGGGAUCUCGUAUUGCGCAAGCGGCUCUGGAAUUUUCGCAGGAAUACAAUAGUAUUGGCAACAACAACAACACCUUUGUGCAGCCGACCUUUACCGUGGUGCGAUCGGACCAAGCCAAUGCCUUCGUUUUGCCAGGGAAUCACAUCUUUGUCUUUACUGGACUCUUUCAGUACAUCCAGACCGAAGAUGAAUUGGCAGCCGUCUUGGGACACGAAAUGGCGCACACCUUGGCCCGACAUGUGGGCGAAAAGAUUUCCUCCAACCUGUUAGUGCAACUAUUGGGAAGCUUGUCCUUAUUGGUGGAUCCAUCGGGAUCCCUAUUGUCCUUGAUUAUUCCUUCUGCCUCGUUGUUAAGGGAAAUGCCAAAUUCACGGACUCAAGAGUUUGAAGCGGAUCGGAUUGGUAUGCAUCUCGCAAGUCGAGCCUGUUUUGACCCUCGAGCGGCGCAACACUUUUUCAAAAAGAUGAAACAAGAAGAAGAAAAAGGAAAGCGGUCUCGAAAUAGUAGGCCACCCGAGUUCAUGUCGACACAUCCCUCUCAUGAUUCAAGGAUAGACAGUAUGCACGGAUGGUUGCAAGAAACCAAUCCCAUUUACAAUCGAGAGGAUGGGACUGUUUGUCGCAAGAUGCGAGAGGAUAUUGCACAGUCAAGAAGGAUUGCAGCUCAAAGGCACGCCGCUAGAGAAAACCAACAUCAGCAGCAACGAGUCUUGGCAUGA